AUGGGUUUCCUAGCGCUUCAGGACAGGACAGAGGAGUUGCGCUCUGUCGCGCGACUGUUCGAGAGAGACUCGGCAGCGGGUACCAGUGGAGCCACCGCUGCAGCACGUCCGGGGGACGCUGGGGCGGCGGCCCCGCAGACCUCGCUCACUCCCGAACGAACUGCAGAGCUGGCCGUAAAACACUCACCCGGCUGGCAACGUAGCAACUUUGCCGUCUGUGCAGCGCAGAUUGGCGGAAGGAUUCACGAAACGUCCGCAAAACUCGCUCAACUGACUCGACUGGCGCGGCAGCGCUCUCUGUUCGAUGACCAUAGCGAGGAGAUCGACCGAUUAACCAGCCAAAUCAAAAGCGAUAUCGGAUAUAUUAAUCAUCAGCUCGACGAACUGCAACAGUUGGCUCGCAGAACUGCGGACCCGGGGAGCAACGGCGAACGACGCACAGGCGACAAGCGGACAGAUGCUACUACUACUACUACAGGCAGCAACGCCCUAGCUCAACAGCAUACUCGAAUUAUUGUGGAUUCGUUGCGAGCGCGGCUUUUGAAUGCGACGCAAACGUUUCAGUCAGUGCUGCAGGAGCGGUCAGCGACCUUACGUGUUCGCCCGGAACACAAGGCAGCAACACAGAAACUUCCCAGUGUGUCACACUCGAUCUUCGAUCUGAAGCCGAACGAGCUAGAGCGCGGCUCCAGCUUUCUAGAUUUGGGUAGUGGCUCCCUCGGCGCAUCCCAGCAGCAGCAGCAGCAGCAGCAGCUAUGGUACCAGCCUCAGGAGCAACAGCUGGUGCAUGCGCCACCAGCAGCAUCUCUACGAUACUACCAGCAACGAACAGAUGCAGUUCAACGCGUGGAGGCAACGAUUGUAGAGCUGGGCCAGAUCUUCCACCAGCUGUCGCGAAUGGUAGCCGAGCAAGGCGAGCUUGUUCAGCGCAUCGACGUGAACAUUGAGGACUCCCUGGCACACGUAGAAGGUGCGCAUGGUCAACUGCUGCGUUAUUUUGAGAGCCUGCGCUCGAAUCGCGGUCUUAUCCUCAAACUGUUCGGCGUUUUAAGUCUCUUUAUUGUGCUGUGGGUAUUGAUUCUCUGA